AUGAAGUUCUCUCUUUUCUCUCUCAUGGCUGGUGUUGCCAGCGCCCUUCCUGCUGGCGAUGUCGAGGUCCGCCAGCUCGGCAGUGGCCUUGGUAGCGGCCUUGGAAGCGGUAGCGGUCUGGGCGGUGGCCUCAGCGGUGGCCUUGGUGGCUCCAGCACUCGCAAUGAUCUUGAGAACAGCAGUGGUGAAUGCCCCAAGGCUAUCUUUAUCUUUGCUCGUGCCACUGGUGAGCCUGGUAACAUGGGCGCAUCUACCGGUCCCGCUGUGGCUAAGAAGCUGGAAGCGAAGUACGGCAAGGGCGGAGUUUGGGUCCAGGGCGUUGGCGGCCCCUACAAGGCGGAUGUCGGCGGCAACCUCCGUCCCGAUGGCUCCACCUCAGAAGCCAUCAACGAGGCUGUCCGUCUGUACAACAUGGCUCACGAGAAGUGUCCCGACACUCCCAUCGUCACCGGUGGAUACAGUCAAGGAACUGCUCUGGCUGCCGCCGCUGUCUCCAAGCUAGACGCUGAGGUCAUGGACCAGGUCAAGGGCUGCGUCCUUUUCGGCUACACCAAGAACGCCCAGAACAAGAAGGGCAUUCCCAACUACCCUGCUGACCGAACUGCUAUCUACUGCAACACUGGCGAUGCUGUCUGCACUGGAACUCUUAUGAUCACCGCAGCUCAUUUCAUGUACCAAAGAGAUGCUGCUGGCCCUGCUCCCGAGUUCCUGAUCUCCAAGAUCGGCGCCUAA